AUGCCGAUGUGGUGUCCGCCCACGCCGCCAUCCAGCGACGGCGACGUGUACUGCGAGGCCUGGGCGCGCCCACUCUACCGUCGCGGCGCCGCCGCUGACGCGCUGCUGCCGCCCGUGCGCUGGCGAGACGCGCGCGCCCCGCGCUCACCGCGCCGUGCGCGCCCUGCGCCGCGCGCCGCCCACGCGCCGCCCUCGUUGUUUGAGCGCGCUGGCCCCCGCCCGCGACCGCGCCCGCGCGCGCCGCCCCCGCCCGCCCGCGACCCGCCCGCACCGCCGCCUGACUGGGCGCCCUGCGAGGACGCCGCGCUGCGCCACGCACUGCGCCUGCAGCGCCUGCCGCCCGAACCGCCCGCCGCGCACGCGCCCAACUGGGACUGGCUCGCCGACCUCGUCAACGAGACGGCGCGCGCGUACCGCUCGCCGCGCGCUUGCCGCGACCGCCACGAUGCGCUAGCCGACCCCGAGCGCGCGCCGACGCCGCGCCGCGCGCCCAAGCGCCGCCUCGAUGACGCCGCGCACCACAACCCCAAGCACGCGGCGCUGCUCGCCGACCACGGCGUGGACUACGACGCGCCGCCCACACCCAUGGAGGUGGCCACGCGCCGCGCCGAGCGCAUCGCCAAGGAGAAGCUGAAGGCGGGCGCGGGCGCCGGGGCGGGCGCGAGCGUCGGGGCGGGGACGGGCGCGGCACCAGCGCAGGCGGGCCCGGCGCCGCGUGUGGUGGUGGCGGCGGCGGCGGGCAAGGCGGAGGUGGCGCGGCGGCGCGCGGCGGGCGAGGGCGCGCGCGCGGCGGCGCCGCAGGCCGCGCAGUUGCUCUACCGCCACCAGUCGCUCACCACGCGCCACCAUCUCAAAAUACUGCACCACGCCCCCUCACCGCAGCCACAGGCAAUUGGCGGAGCCGCAAGCGUAAGCGUGAGCGCGGGCGCGAGCGUGGAGGGCAGCGCGGUGAUGGCGGGCGGCGCGGCGCUGCGCACGUUGCAGCUGCAGCAGCUGCGCCGCGCCGCCGGCCGCGCGCCGCCGCCCCACGUCGUGCUCGCGCACCUCGCGCCGUCAGCCCACCACGCCGCGCCCACUCCUCCCGCCCCGCCCGCGGUCGCCGCGCCGCAGCAGCACCACACCACGCCACAGCCCGAUACGCAACAA